ACUGAUCGAUCUCUUCUUCAUGAAGAUUCUGUAUUCAUUUGUCUGCCUUGAAUGGUUCUUCCUAAUUAAAGCUUUGUGGUAGGGUUUAUUUUAACUUGUGUCUUCUCUUAUCAGUAUCAGAUGAAUCUUUAGAAUCCUAAGUCUGAUUGAUCUCCUUUUUCCCAGAAAUCUUGCUUUCUGAAUUAUUCUCUCAAAUUUUGGCUCCCACUGAUAAUGAAUUGAAAUCUUUUUCUUCUCUAAAGACAACUUCAGCACCACUGCGCCAAAAGAAAAUCACUGUUUUGAAAAUUCCUUAUGGUGGAUAGCUGAAUCAAAUAGGAUUCUUUACACUCAAAGAGUCAUGCAUUUAAAAAGAGAGUGAUAAAGAGGAACAAGUUCAAAUAUUAACUCUUUUCCCCCUCUUUACUCGUUGUCUUCUGUGUAUAUCCCUAUCUCUUUUUAACGGCAUUAUUUGCAAUCUACUGCAAAGAAUCCAAAUCCAAGCUAAACCAUUACUCAAAAAAGCCCACUUUUAAUUAACCUUAAUUUUCAUCAACAAGGGUGAAGUCUAAUAGAAGGAGCUAAUCCCUCACGUACAACUUGCCGAACUAAGAGAACAAGAUUAACUCUGAAGACACCUGGAUUUCAUCUGUAUUGGUUCUGAAAGAUUUGUAAAAGAACCCUUUUGCUUAGUAUCUGUUGAAAAUGGCCCCUUCUGGAAGCUCAUCAGCGACAUGUUCAAGGGUGAAAACAAGGAGGAAACUAAAGCCCAGAAGAUUCAAUUCAGUGAAGAAAAAGAAGCAAAAUCCACAAAAAAACAAUACCAGAAGUAGUGAUGUAGAAAUGAUGAUGUCAUCUUCUCCUGCUAGCCUCUGCUCCAACGAUCAGUAUUGCUCACAGACAUUAGAAGAGCUUGAUAUUUCAUCAGAUCAUGAUGACGAUGGCUGUUCUACCCCAAAAGCUCAGAGAUUUCGUCUACCGCAAGUUUCAUCAUGUCCUCCUCCACCUAAGAAGCCAAAAUCACUUUCCAUUUGCUCCAAUCUUCGAUCAUCAAUCCCAUUCUUUGCUUCUCCUGAGCUUGAGCUGUUCUUCCUUGGUGCACUUCGAGAUAUUUCAGUUUAAUUUCUUUUAGUAGUUAUACAUAUACAUACAUAUAUAUAUACACAUGGACUUGUGUGUUUGUACCAUCAUUGAGUUCUUAAAUUGUGUUCUUGGCUGUUUUGUUGUGGAAAGUUACACAAAGGGGGAAACAGUAAUAAUCCUUGCAUGCCCACAAUUUUAAGACCAUGAUAUAGCUUCAGAAGAUGUUGCAGAUUUCAA